CAGAGAAGAAGUCGUCGUCGUCUUCCUCCUCCUCCUCCAAGUUACGCAAAACGAGCUCCUCUUCCUCCUCCUCCUCCUCCUCCCUGUCGCCCUCACCGACACCGCGAAGGCAAGGAGCGCGAGCAAGAUUCGACCUCCGCCGCAGCACGCCUUCUUCUUCUUCGUCUUCAAUCGAUCGUCCGAUCCUCCUCCUCCCCCUCGCUCUUCCAGCUCCGACGCCGUCGGCAUGCAAUCGGAGCCGCCGAUCUAAUCCCCUCGUUUCUCUUCGCAUCGCCGCCUUCGGACGACUAGGCGACGACUGCCGCGAUUCUCUCGUUCGCCGGUAAUUCGCGUCGCCUCGCCCGGCCCCCCGCGAUCGUCUCGCGCUAGGUCUUUUUUUUUUUUCUGGGGCGCGGGGGCGAAGUUGGGGGGGACUCUUUGCCUGUUGAAGGAUGUUCUUCAGCGGCGAUCCCUCGUCGCGCAAGCGCGUCGCUCUCGGGGGCCGCAGCACGAAGGAGAGGGAUAGGCAGAAGCUGGUCGAGCAGACUCGGCUGGAGCGGGAGCGGCGGUCGUGGUUGCGGAAGCAGACGCUGGCGGCCAUCAAAAUUCAGAAAGGCUAUAGAGGAAGAAAGGAUGUGGAAGCUGCCCGUUUGGAUGUAAGAAUGGAAUUCUAUAGGACAUAUGGGAAGAGAUGUGAAAAUGUCGACAGGAAUUGUUUUGGUCCAGAUUCAGUGUUCCUUCGUCAGUUGCUUUUUUUCUUCAAUGCACACAUUGAUGGUGACCUAUCAAUCCUUCUGGAGGUCUGCUUAUUUAUUCGGAGAUACGUUCAUGAUAGUGGUGACCUUGUGAGCCUCUUUGCUGGAGAAGAUUAUCUGUCCAGGCAGGCUUUGGUGGACUUUAGAGUGAAACGACUUGCAUACUCUUGCAUUGAUGCUGUAUAUAAAAAUAGAUAUAAAUUCAGGGAUCAACUUAUCACGACAUCGAGUGAAUCUAGCCAACCUAUAACUCUCUUGCUGGAGGCAGUAGCUCUGCUGAUAGAUCCUAGACUUCCAUGGGUUUGUAAGACGGUUGGUUAUCUCUUGCAGGGAAGUGUGUUUGCUAAGUCUAGAGAGAUUGUUCUAGCAGGGCAGGAAACUAGGAAAAGUUUUAUUUUCAGUAGAUCUAUCUCUGCAUUGGAGUGUGUUCUUUGCCAAAUGAUCCCUCAUACCGGUCAGGAGCCAUGUAAUUGCUUAAGUAUCGAUCCUCAACGGAGUUUUUCGUGUCAGCUUCUUACGAUUCCUUUCUUAUGGCAACUUUUCCCCCAUCUGAAGGAGGUUUUUGCAGCACAAGGCUUGAGUCAACACUACAUACAUCAGAUGGCACUCUGUGUGAACAAUCAUGCUAAUAUAUUACCAAAGGAUUUAUCUCUUGAUUUUCCUGCCUAUGCCUGCCUCCUUGGGAAUGUGUUGGAAACUGCUGGAAUUGCUUUAUCUCAUCCCGGCUGCAGUUUUGACAUGGCUGUAGAUAUUGCUGCUGUCGCAUCCUUUUUAUUGGACGCCCUUCCUCCUAUAAAACAACCUAGUAUGGAGAUCAAUGAGGGGUCUACAUUUGGUGAGGACGACAUCAUGGCUGGUGAUGAAGUGAUAAAACCAUCCUUAGAUAAGGACUUGGAACGGCAGAUAGUCAAUGCAAUUGAUCCGCGCUUUCUUCUCCAAUUGACAAAUGUUCUGUUUGGGGGACUGUCGUGCGUUGUUGGUUCACAUAAUGGAGUGGAUGAGAAAGAGGUGGCAUCCAUCAGCGCUGCUUGUGCUUUUCUGCAUGUUGCAUUCAACACUUUGCCCCUUGAACGAAUCAUGACGGUGUUAGCCUACAGAACAGAGCUGGUACCUGUUCUUUGGAAUUUUAUGAAGCGAUGCCAUGAAAAUGAGAAGUGGUCAACUUUGUCUGAAUGUGAUUAUUUGAGAGGUGAAUCAUCAGGGUGGCUUCUACCGCUGGCUGUUUUCUGCCCGGUAUACAAGCACAUGCUUAUGAUUGUUGACAAUGAAGAGUUUUAUGAGCAGCAGAAGCCCCUCUCCUUGAAGGAUAUCAGAUGCUUGAUUGUAAUUUUGAGGCAGGCGUUGUGGCAACUCUUGUGGGUGAUGCCUAUGACCGCUCCAAAUCCACCGAAAUCUUCUAAAGCCCCUGCUGAUGGCAUGAAUCGCCUAGAUCUCAUUAAAGGCAGAGUCAGUCUUGUAGCUUCUGAGCUUCUUUCUCAGUUGCAAGAUUGGAACAACAGAAGACAGUUUGCUCCUUCCAGUGACUUUCAUGCGGAUGGCGUGAACGAAUUUUUUAUCUCUCAGGCUGCAAUGGAGAAUACCAGAGCUAAUGACAUAUUGAAGCAAGCUCCUUUCUUGGUGCCGUUUACAAGUCGUGUUAAGAUAUUUGCUUCACAGUUAGCAGCAUAUAGGCAGAAACAUGGCUCUCAGUCUGUUUUUACUAGAAACCGGUUCAGAAUACGGAGAGACCAUAUCUUGGAAGAUGCUUAUAAUCAGAUGAGUGCAUUAUCUGAAGAGGAUCUUCGAGGACUGAUUCGCGUAUCCUUUGUCAAUGAAUUAGGUGUUGAGGAGGCUGGUAUUGAUGGUGGCGGAAUUUUUAAGGAUUUCAUGGAAAAUAUAACACGAGCAGCCUUUGAUGUGCAAUAUGGAUUGUUUAAGGAAACUGCUGAUCACCUGCUCUAUCCCAAUCCUGGGUCGGGCUUGAUACAUGAACAGCAUCUCCAGUUCUUCCAUUUUUUAGGUACUCUUUUGGCAAAGGCAAUGUAUGAGGGGAUUCUCGUGGACAUACCAUUUGCGACCUUCUUCUUGAGCAAAUUAAAACAAAAGUACAACUAUCUCCACGACCUGCCUUCGUUGGACCCAGAGUUGUACCGUCACCUUAUUUUUUUGAAGCAUUAUGACGGUGACAUAUCAGAGUUGGAGUUGUACUUCGUCAUUGUGAAUAAUGAGUAUGGGGAGCAAACAGAAGAAGAGCUUCUUCCUGGAGGGAAAAACAAGCGUGUUACUAAUGAAAGUGUCAUCACGUUCAUACAUCUUGUGGCAAAUCAUCGUCUGAAUAUUCAGAUAAGGCAACAAAGUUUGCAUUUUCUGAGAGGAUUUCAGCAGCUCAUACAGAAAGAAUGGAUAGAUAUGUUUAACGAGCAUGAACUGCAGCUUCUUAUAUCAGGUUCCUUGGACAGCUUGGAUGUUGAUGACUUGCGGAGUAACACCACCUACGCAGGCGGUUAUCACAGUGAGCACUAUGUCAUCGAGAUGUUCUGGGGAGUUAUCAAGGGUUUCUCAUCUGAAAAUCAAAAGAAAUUUUUGAAAUUUGUGACAGGGUGCUCUCGAGGACCAUUGCUUGGAUUCAGAUACUUGGAGCCGUCAUUCUGCGUACAAAGGGCUGCUGGUAGUGCUUCUGAAGAAGCUCUGGACCGAUUGCCUACAUCAGCCACUUGUAUGAAUCUGCUAAAACUGCCACCAUAUAGAAGCAAAGAGCAGAUGGAAGCAAAAUUGCUGUACGCAAUAAAUGCGGAGGCUGGUUUCGACCUGAGUUGAUCUACAUGUCACAUUAUCUUCCGAGCACGCUCUGGAGCGCUCCUAUGUCAGGGUUCUCGACAUUCAGUGGGCGCGAGGCCUGGGUUUUAGAUGUCACUCGUGCAAAGUCUCCCAAGGACAUCUAAGCCUCCACAGAACUGUGGUGAUUGCUGAAGCCCAGGUCGAGUGGGUGUCGAUUCAUGGGGGGCCUGGUACUGUACAUAUGGGGUUCGUAAGAUGCAGUAGAGAGAUCCUAUGUAUAUUAAUUGGAUGUACGAAAAGCUUUCGGAAGUUGUCUUUGUCAUUUAAUUUACAGAUCGAUCUUUAGUUUGUAUCUAGGAAAGCAUAUCGAGUCGUGUACAGUGAAGGUUCAGCUCUUGUAUCUGUGUCGAUGAUUGCAUCUCUCUGGAAGCCACCAAUUGAUGGCCCUAUCUUGCAGUUGGAUUUCAAGAAGAAACUUUCGAAAUGGUAUUUUGUAGAAAUCAACGGAGCGUUCUUCAUCGAAAGAAUUACGUUGGGAUGAAUAUAAUCUACUUCUAGUCU